AUGGCAGCACAGAAAGACCUAGAAAGUCAGCCGCAGCAGUCGGACGAGCGGACCCCGCUCCUGGGGACACCCGCCGAGGCCGGAUCAAGCCAGCAGGCGGCAGAGCAUCAGAGCCACGACAAUGAAGCCAACGGAGGCAUCCAGGAUCCUGAACAAGUGCCUCUUAUCACGGGCCAGGAUGGAGAAGAGAAAAAAGAGAGGACUACCAGUUGGUGGCUAUGGAGAGCGUUCUGGGCAGUUCUCGCCAUCUUCGUUCUCGCUGUUUUUAUCAAAGGCUGGAUUGAUGCCAAAGACACCAACUUUGACCUCAAAGCAGCUCUUAUGAGAGCUCUGGGCGGUGGCUUGAGUGGCGCCGCGGCUAUGGUCUUGCAAGUUUUGACACUCAUGCCCAUCAGAACUAUCAUGAACUACCAGUAUCGCUUUGGGUCUGGCUUCAGGGAGGCAACUCGCACUCUUUAUGAAGAUGGAGGUGUGCGCAGGUAUUACCAGGGCAUUGGAGCCGCAUUGAUCCAGGGGCCGGUUUCCCGCUUCGGCGACACUGCCGCUAACGCCGGUAUCCUUGCACUUCUCGAGUCAAACUCGUUCUUAAACCAGCUCCCUACCUUGAUCAAGACCAUCUUCGCUUCUCUUUGUGCUGCUGCUUUUCGCAUGAUCUUGACUCCCAUUGAUACUCUCAAGACGACGCUGCAGGCUCAGGGCGCCAAAGGUACCGCUAUCCUGAGACAACGUGUAAAGACAAAUGGUAUCGGAAGCUUGUGGUGGGGAGCUUUUGCGACUGCCGCCGCCACGUUCGUCGGCCAUUACCCUUGGUUUGCAACCUACAACUACCUUUCCGCCAACAUUCCCGAACCGGAAAAGAGCGACAUUUUCGUGUGGCUUUUGCGUCUUGCGUUCAUUGGAUUUUGUGCUUCCGUCAUCUCUGAUUCUGUCUCCAACUCGCUGAGAGUGGUGAAGACCUACAGACAAGUCAACGACACGCAAAUUUCAUACUCUCAAGCAGCAAAGAUUAUCAUACAAAGAGAGGGCUUCCUUGGCUUCCUAGGACGUGGUCUCAAGACCCGAAUCUUAGCCAACGGCCUCCAGGGUGUCUUGUUCUCUAUCCUUUGGAAGUUGUUCCUCGACCUGUGA